GCUAUCGCCAUCUCCACUUGACAGAACGGAGAAAAUAGAGAUAUCGGAGCCGGAGGCCAUGUGUUAAAGUUGGACCGGCAUUCAGUUUCUGUCCGGACUCCGAGAGUCAAACACUGCACUUAUUCCUCUAACCUGAUAUAAGUAUAUUUAAAUGAUGUCGAGAGUGGAGAUAAACCCACAUAUUUCCGGUCAUGAAUUACUGAGGCUACUGCAAAUAUGUUUUUUGUUUGUUACCGCAUCCGUUCCAGGCGCCAACUCCGAUACGGAUCCUAGUACUGGCAAUGUCAAGACUAUCGAUCGUCUUCAUGCCGGGCUCUUCCUCAACUACAACAAAAAUAUCCAGCCCCAAUUCGAAGGAGUCCCAACACCGGUGGGAUUGGGUGUAACGAUUACCUAUUUGGAUGUGGAAGAGAUGAGUGGCAAGCUGAACGUCCAUUGUUGGCAAAACAUACGGUGGAGGGAUGAGAUGCGAAUGUGGAAGCCAUCGGAGUAUGAUAACAUAACUGAGAUCGCUCUGAGGACUAGAGAAGUUUGGAAGCCGGACAUCCAGCUUAUGGACGGAAACGAUGGCGGACAGCUAGAUGAUAACCAUGUAGUUCUAACCCACGACGGCCAUUUCCAGUGGACACCAGCAGCCAUAUAUGUGGCUUACUGCAACCUCAACAUGAUUAAUUGGCCGCACGAUCAGCAAACCUGCAAGCUAAAGAUCGGAUCCUGGGGCCUGAAGGAUAUCAAGUCGGAUGUAAACUUUAUGGGGAAAGGCGACACUUCUUCCUCCAAGAAGAUUGAUAGUUCGGUUCCAUCCACCGAAUGGGAGAUCGUCGAAUCCUCGGCCAAGUUUGUCAGCCAGGACUAUUACGGCUAUAUGGAGUAUACCCUGACGAUACAGCGCGAAUCCUCCAUUUACAAAGCCAUAAUUUAUACUCCAGCCUCGUGUAUUGUUAUCCUGGCAUUAGCCGCCUUCUGGUUGCCUCCUCACAUGGGUGGCGAGAAGAUCCUAAUCAACGGAUUGCUCAUCAUCGUGAUAGCCGCCUUCCUGAUGUACUUCGCCCAAUUGCUUCCGAUUGUGGCCAACAAAACGCCGCUUGUGGUCCUUUUCUAUAGCACCACAUUACUGUUCCUGAGCUUCUCCACAAUCAUUGAAGUUGCUGUCCUUUACUUGGCCACUGCAAAGCACAAGAGACGCAUACCGGAUGUCCUUAAAAAACUCUUACAUGGAAAGCUUGGAACUUGGCUGCUCCUUUCGCAAUUCUGCGUCAGCCUGGAGCCAAACUCCAACCAGACCAAGGAAAUGGACGAGCACCUCUACGAGAAUGGCAAGGAUGCCGACGACGAUGCCACCAAUCCGCUGGACAUUAAUCCCAAUGAGGUGUCAGUAUCUCGGAUGAUCCAAUUCGAUUGGGUUCUAUUGGCCACUGCGGUGGAUAGAGUGUUCUUCGUGGUCUUCAGUCUGGCCUUCAUGACUUUGGCCAUUAUCUGUGCUGUUUAGGAUGUAACUAAAAAAAGUAAUGCUUCUAUAUCUUGAGUAAGAUCUUAUUUUAAGGAAUACUUGAAGCUUAUUCAAGAUAUGGAAGCAUUCAAUCACUUAUAAUUCAGUUUUUUAAUGAUUACCUGUAUUUUAUUCUUUGUGCAAACUUAGAAUUAUAUAAUGAAGAUGAACCUUUUUUGUGGAAAUAAAGGAUUCUCUACCGAA